AUGAGGUCCUGCUCUUCCUUCUGCUACUUUUGCGUCACAGCCGUCUCCCUCCUUUCCGUAGCAUGCGUGCAACACAUCCUCACCGGCAUCCAGUGGCCUCAUCUCUGGCACGUCGACCCCGCCCGCUCCAACGCAACGUCGACACUUGCUCCGCAUGACCCCGAGCAGCCCUUUCGCUUUGUAGAGGACGUUGCAGUUUUGGCGUGGCAGAACGUCACCUACCGAUACCCCCGCUCUGUCUUUACAAACCUCGCAUCCCGCGGAAACAACGAUGAACUGGGCGUUGUCGCCGGCGUUUUGUCGGCCAACAAAGUCGGCGUGUACCAGGAAAAGCGCGACUGGAUACGGAGCACGUGGGCAUACAACCGAACUGACGUCUUCUUCCUACUGGCUGGCGAAUGGGAGACCGUCCAACAGGAGUUUCAUACCCAUGGCGAUAUUAUGUGGAUCGCGAAGGAGGAAUCGUACACUCAGAUUACCUGGAAGGUUCAAACCUUCUUCAGCGCCAUCCACAAGCACAUCGCAAACUGCCGUCACGUUCUUAAGACGGAUGACGACUCAUACGUCAACAUGGGUGAGAUUCAGCGCAUAUCGAGGGCAGAGCAUCGCAGAGCGGACUAUGUCGGCCUUUGUAUGCAUGGUAUGGGGCAAGCUGAUAAUCUCCUCGAAGAAUAUCCGACAUACGCGAGCGGCGGGGGCUACAUGCUUUCCCAGAGCCUGGUAGCCUGUGUUGCUGACGCUGUGUCGAAAUCCCUCGCCAUCAUUACGGAGGAUGCCUUCUCCGGCGUUCUGGCCCGAGCCUGUGGCGCCAACUGCACGACGGAAAAGAGGAUCUAUCCAUGGCGGAAUGAAAACGACGUCUUUCAUGAGAGGAAAGAUUUUCUCAUUCAACACGGCGUGUACGAAAAGGAGGAGAUGAUGUAUCUGCACGGCUUGACUUGCAGCGGAAACCACAGCGCGCAAGAGACAAGCUGCGGCCCGGGCAGCGAGACGGCCAAACAUCUAACGAACACGACAAGCUGCGGCGGUCACAGGGCCCCCGCCUGUGGAGAGUGUCCGCAGGGUCACGGAGAUUUGUGGUGCCACGCUGACUGUCAGUGGUGCGAACACGGUGCGACGCGCAAUUCCACUUCCACUUCGACGCGUGCACUUUCGGAAGCCGACCAGUGCGUUCCUGUGCUCGACACAUGCGAAACCCGCCAAGAAAAAGGAGGGCAGCAAGGAAACCCCGCCAAUAGAAGAAGAUAGCAAGGAGGCCGUCUCGUGCGGCGCUUACUUUUCUCAGAUCUGCGAAAAGUGCCCACAGGGGAACAGGGAAAAGUGGUGCAACGGCGAGUGCCACUGAUGCAAGGAUGGCGGUGCGGAAGCCGUGACGAACCGUACAUGUAACAAAUGCGUUUCGAGGCUGGACGCGUACAAGACGACGGAGGACGAUCGAUAGCGCGAAGGCCGUGCGCCAGGCUUCCAUCUGUGCGUGCCGGCUGUAGAAGUGUGGCACAUGACGCGGUCUCAGCCGAGCAGGACCACGGGAAUGGCUUGCAAGCCAAGGCUUGAAGCCUCAUUCAACAGCUAUUAACGUCGGUGUCGAAUCUAUACUUAUCGGGCGCGUUUCCCUCAUUGCCCAAACCACCCCCCUGAGCACUGCACAAGCAAUGUGCGGGGGAUUGUUUAAAAUAGAGCCUGGACACGCACUAAAGGGACAGCCAGUGGGGGCAUCGACACUUCCGCUUGUACAGUACCUCCAUAGCCCCCCAAUUUGGGCCCCCCCCCCCCAAUUUGGUCCCAUAUUCCUUCAAAGGCUUUUAUGUCGCGUGUGCGCCUUCUACAGGUGACGCAAACCACACUAUAUUAAAGGUGAGGACUAGAGCUUUCCAACGCA